GCCAAGCUCCAGUGAUGGUAGCUGGAGGAGAUGUAAGCACUACAGACCCGGAGCCCUGAGAGCACCCCCACCUUGAGGGAUCCAGGUCUAGGGCAGGUCUGCGGAGAAUCUGGCCGCUGGAAGAGGUCUUCAAUGUCAUUUAGUUCAACCUCCCACCUCUUCAGAUCUUUCCAGAGCCCACCUGAGGGCAUCCAACUCUUCUCGGGCACAUCAAGGCAGAGCCACCCGAGGGCCAGCACUGGGGCAGCAGAACUCUUCCGAGGGCUUGACAUCAAGAUCUAUGUGUAAGCUUUAACUCUUGCUCACGAAGACCACAGUAACUCCGUCUCUGAAGGCCAGCAGCCCCCCCCAGAGCCCUCGAAGCCCAGACUGCCUCCUACUGCCCAGCUGCCAGCCAUGCCCUCCAGCGGCCCCGGGGACACCAGCAGCUCCGCUCUGGAGCGGGAGGAUGAUCGGAAGGAAGGAGAGGAACAGGAGGAGAAUCGUGGCAAAGAGGAGCGCCAGGAGCCCAGCACCACGGCCCGGAAGGUGGGGAGGCCUGGCCGGAAGCGCAAGCACCCACCGGUGGAAACCAGUGACACCCCCAAGGACCCCGCAGUGACCAGCAAGUCUCAGCCCAUGGCCCAGGACUCUGGCUCCUCAGAUCUGUUACCCAAUGGAGACUUGGAAAAGCGGAGUGAACCCCAGCCUGAGGAGGGGAGCCCGGCCGCAGGGCAGAAGGGUGGGGCCCCAGCUGAAGGAGAGGGAACGGAGACCCCGCCGGAAUCCUCCCGAGCCGUGGAGAAUGGCUGCUGUACCACCAAGGAAGGCCGCGGAGCCUCUGCGGAAGAGGGCAAAGAACAGAAGCAGACCAACAUCGAAUCCAUGAAAAUGGAGGGAUCCCGGGGACGGCUGCGGGGUGGUCUGGGCUGGGAGUCCAGCCUCCGUCAGCGGCCCAUGCCAAGACUCACCUUCCAGGCAGGGGACCCCUACUACAUCAGCAAACGGAAACGGGACGAGUGGCUGGCACGUUGGAAAAGGGAGGCUGAGAAGAAAGCCAAGGUCAUUGCAGUAAUGAAUGCGGUGGAAGAAAACCAGGCCUCUGGAGAGCCUCAGAAGGUAGAGGAGGCUAGCCCUCCCGCUGUGCAGCAGCCCACCGACCCUGCGUCCCCUACUGUGGCCACCACCCCUGAGCCAGUGGGGGCUGAUGCUGGGGACAAGAAUGCCACCAAAGCAGCCGACGAUGAGCCCGAGUAUGAGGACGGCCGUGGCUUUGGCAUUGGAGAGCUGGUGUGGGGGAAGCUCCGGGGCUUCUCCUGGUGGCCAGGCCGGAUCGUGUCUUGGUGGAUGACAGGCCGGAGCCGGGCCGCUGAAGGCACUCGCUGGGUCAUGUGGUUCGGAGAUGGCAAGUUCUCGGUGGUGUGCGUCGAGAAGCUCAUGCCCCUGAGCUCCUUCUGCAGCGCCUUCCACCAGGCCACCUACAACAAGCAGCCCAUGUACCGCAAAGCCAUCUACGAAGUCCUCCAGGUGGCCAGCAGCCGUGCUGGGAAGCUGUUUCCAGCCUGCCACGACAGUGACGAAAGCGACACCGGGAAGGCGGUGGAGGUGCAGAACAAGCAGAUGAUCGAAUGGGCCCUCGGGGGCUUCCAGCCCUCGGGUCCCAAGGGCCUGGAGCCACCGGAAGAGGAGAAGAAUCCAUACAAGGAGGUCUACACGGACAUGUGGGUUGAGCCCGAGGCGGCUGCCUAUGCCCCACCCCCACCAGCCAAGAAACCCAGAAAGAGCACAGCAGAAAAGCCUAAGGUCAAGGAGAUCAUCGACGAGCGCACAAGAGAGCGGCUGGUGUAUGAGGUGCGGCAGAAGUGUCGGAACAUCGAGGACAUUUGUAUCUCAUGUGGAAGCCUCAACGUCACCCUGGAGCACCCACUCUUCACUGGUGGAAUGUGCCAGAACUGUAAGAACUGCUUCUUGGAGUGCGCCUACCAGUAUGACGAUGAUGGGUACCAAUCAUACUGCACCAUCUGCUGUGGGGGGCGUGAAGUGCUCAUGUGUGGGAACAAUAACUGCUGCAGGUGCUUUUGUGUCGAGUGUGUGGAUCUCCUGGUGGGGCCAGGAGCUGCCCAAGCGGCCAUCAAGGAAGACCCCUGGAACUGCUAUAUGUGUGGGCACAAGGGCACCUAUGGACUGCUGCGGAGACGGGAAGACUGGCCUUCCAGGCUCCAGAUGUUCUUUGCCAAUAACCAUGACCAGGAAUUUGAUCCCCCAAAGGUUUACCCACCUGUUCCGGCUGAGAAGAGGAAGCCUAUCCGGGUGCUAUCUCUCUUUGAUGGAAUUGCUACAGGGCUCCUGGUGCUAAAGGACCUGGGCAUCCAAGUGGACCGCUACAUCGCUUCAGAGGUGUGUGAGGACUCCAUCACUGUGGGCAUGGUGCGGCACCAAGGAAAGAUCAUGUACGUCGGGGACGUCCGCAGCGUCACACAGAAGCAUAUCCAGGAGUGGGGCCCAUUCGAUCUGGUGAUUGGGGGCAGUCCCUGCAAUGACCUCUCCAUCGUCAACCCUGCCCGGAAGGGACUUUACGAGGGUACCGGCCGGCUCUUCUUUGAGUUCUACCGCCUCCUCCAUGAUGCGCGGCCCAAGGAGGGAGAUGACCGCCCCUUCUUCUGGCUCUUUGAGAACGUGGUGGCCAUGGGCGUGAGCGACAAGAGGGACAUCUCACGAUUUCUUGAGUCCAACCCCGUGAUGAUUGACGCCAAAGAAGUGUCUGCUGCACACAGGGCCCGUUACUUCUGGGGUAACCUUCCUGGCAUGAACAGGCCAUUGGCAUCCACUGUGAAUGAUAAGCUGGAGCUGCAGGAGUGUCUGGAACACGGCAGAAUAGCCAAGUUCAGCAAAGUGAGGACCAUUACCACCAGGUCAAACUCUAUAAAGCAGGGCAAAGACCAGCAUUUCCCCGUCUUCAUGAAUGAGAAGGAAGACAUCCUCUGGUGCACUGAAAUGGAAAGGGUGUUCGGCUUCCCUGUCCACUACACAGACGUCUCCAACAUGAGCCGCUUGGCGAGGCAGAGACUGCUGGGCCGGUCGUGGAGCGUACCGGUCAUCCGCCAUCUCUUCGCUCCGCUGAAGGAAUAUUUUGCUUGUGUGUAAGGGACGUGGGGGCAAACUGAAGUAGUGAUGAUGAUGAUGAUGAUAACAAAGUUAAAACAAACAAACAAACAACAAAAAAAAAAACCACAAAACACCAAGAACGAGAGGAUGGAGAGAAGUAUCAGCACCCAGAAGAGAAAAAGGAAUUUCAAACAAACAGAGGAGGAAAUGCCGGAGGGCUUGGCCUUGCAAAAGGGUUGGACAUCAUCUCCUGAGUUUUCAAUGUUAAUCUUCAGUCCUAUUUAAAAAGCAAAAUAGGCCCCUCCCCUUCACCCCCUCCUUUUCCGAGGAGGGGAACCUUUUGUUUUCUGCUCUUUUUCAGAGGGGUUUUCUGUUUGUUUGGGUUUUUGUUUCUUGCUGUGACUUAAACAAGAGGGUUAUUAUUACAGCAAAAUCGGUAACAACAGAAAGUAGUGAUACCUUGGACAGGAAAGGGAGAGGGAAAAAUUCUAUAAAAAUUUAUAUAUUGUUUUUUUUUUUUUUUCUAUAUAUCUCUUUGGUUGUCUCUAGCCUGAUCAGAUAGGAGCACAAACAGGAACAGAAUAGAGACCCUCGGGAGGCAGAGUCCCCCUCCCAGCCCCUGAGCAGUCUCCAGAGCACCAUUCCUGGUCAUGCAGAACAGAACCCAACUAGCAGCAGGGCGCUGAGAACACACCAGACACUUUUCUACAGUAUUUCAGGUGCCUACCAUACAGGAAACCUUGAAGAAAACCAGUUUCUAGAAGCCGCUGUUACCUCUUGUUUACAGUUUAUAUAUAUAUGAUAGAUAUGAGAUAUAUAUAUAAAAGGUACUGUUAACUACUGUACAACCUGACUUCAUAAUGGUGCUUUCACAACAGCGAGAUGAGCGAGAACAUCAGCUUCCACCUGGCCUUCUGUGCAAGGGGUUUCAGCCCAGGAUGUGGGGGGGGAGAGGGCAGCUGGAGGACUCGCCUCUGAGGGAGAGGGUAUCAUUUUCCCCUCUUGGUUUUUAACAAGCCAGAGGAGGUACCAUAUCCCCCCUGACCCAUGCCCAGCUUUUCCCUGCCCAAAAGGGGGUCAAGCAGAGGUGGUCUGGACCUGGGGAAGCUGAGUGUGGAAUUUCUCCAGACUCGUGCAAUAAUAACCUUUGAAUAUCAUCUAAAAAAUGACUGCCUCGGGAAGGUGGCAACGAGAAAACUUUUCCCCCCCGAUUUUGAAUUUGUCAGCCACAUUGAAGGCUCCUCAUGGGAUCAGAAAUAAUCCAGAGUGAGGGAAAGUGAUCUGCCAUGAACCCCACCUGGAGCAAAUAAAAAAACAUACAAAAUGUACUGGUGCUUUUUGUCUAAGUUGCCUUUUGUGUGUUCUUUUAUGAGGCCCCCCACCACCACCCCCUCUGCACAAGGCAGCUCUGGUCCUGGAAUGGGAUGUUUUUGCUCAUCUCUACAGACUGCAGUUUCAUACUUGGAAGGCUGAUGACACCUUUAUUAUAAUUAUUCUUAUGGUUCUGGUUAUAAUUGUUUGUUUUGAGAUUUUUCUUUGAGAAAACAGAAACCCAACACCCUUCCCUUUAGGUUUCAAACCAAGGUGCAGGGGGGUGGGGGUGGCAGGUGCUUCUAAGGACCGGUGGCUCUGGUGCCCUGGCUCUCACCCCUCGGGCCAGGUGGGCCACUGGGUAGUACAGCAACAAGCUAAGACGGCCAGGGAGUUCUGAGGCCCACCCUCCGGGCCGGUCACUCUCCUCUUCUUCUUCUUCCCCUCCUCCUGAGUCCGGUGUGUCAGGGCCGGAGGGAGGCCGGGGCAGCCUCUCUCCUCGUGUGUGUGGUUAGAAUGGCGUGUGUUUCUUUUCUAGUGUUUGGUCUGAUAGCCGCGCUCUCACCUUGGGGCAGCGUCACCUGGGGCCCCACGAGCUCGCACUUUGUCCCGCUUCCUACCCAGGGCAGGCAGCCUGGUGUUGGCAGUGGGAAGAGGAGGUGACGUUGGCCCCAGGGUGAGGGCCCGAUUGGGCAGAGCUUGCCUGGAUGGAUGGAGUGUAGAUAUGUGGCAUAUAGAGAUAUAUAUUUUAUAAUGGGAGGGGGGACGGCACCUCCUGGGACCAGCAGGGGCUGGGAGGUGUGCUGUCAAGCACAUGGUCCCAAGACCGCAUCCCUAGAAAGAUGGGGCCUAUGAUAGGCCCCAUAUAAAUAGAUAGGGUCAUGUAUAAGAAGUAUACACCGUGGGGAUCGGAGGGAAUGGGCUCUGUGUUGAGCCCGCGUCCCUCCCACAGACAGCCCCACGCCAGUCAGUCAGUCAGUCCAACACAUGCACAGGAACCUAUUUCUGUCUGGAUGUACACCAGGGAGCUCCUGGCAUGCUUCCUCUCCCCAGGAUCAGGAGGCUGGAGUCGGCCCGAGCCGCUCUUGCACCUCUGUGGCCCUGAUGACAGGUAGACUCGAUCCCGAAGUUGCUAGGUGCUGAAGUCAGGAAGAGGAGGAGGUUCGAUCCAAGCAGGUGCUUCCUCUAGCAGGUCUCUUAUAUACCUUUUGCCCCUGGUGAUGUCAAAGAUUCUUCUGUUAGCAGCCUGUGGUUACUGACCUGCAACUCUAGGCACCAGUCAAGUGAGCCCUCAGCUCCCCCUACCUAUUCUCCCCAACCAAAAUCAAAUUGAAAUCUGACUUGGCCACUGGGCUUCCAUUGGGAAAAGGAAAAAAAUUUAAAAAAAAAAUUUUUUUUGAAAUUAAAAUGGGACAGGAGACCUCACCUUUGGAGUAAUUAGUGAUAAACCAAACAAAGGCCUUGGCUCCCUUGCUCACUCCUCAGGAGUGAACCCAGCCGGUGGCUUGUGGUCCUGCCCACCUCUGCUCAUUUUCUCUUGGAUAGGUUUUUAAGAUGACAGUUUGUUCUUGCUGUGGCAGGUAGUGGCUGCGGGGGGCCGGAGCAUCUGAGAGAGGGGGAUGCUUGCCCCCCUUGGAGUCCCUGUGCUAAAUGUGAUGUCCUCCUUUGCUCCAGCAGGCCUCCAUUCUCAAAUCUCUGGAGUCCACCAGCACCGUGCGGGAGGACUCGGGGGGAGGAGGGCUGCCUUAGGCAGUCCAAGGUGCUCCCUCCCCCUCUAGCCAAUGCCAAGGUCUUUCCAGCUCUUCCUGUCAGGAUGGUCUUCAUCUUCUGCUUCUGCCUACUGCUCACGUGAAGAAGCUAGCCUUUCCCAGGAGCCCAGCACCACCUCAGCUGGGCCUGGUGCUCCCCAACCCCUGGGCUUAGUGUGAGGGUGCAAGAGGAGUCUCAGUGGCGAAGGACGUGGCAUUCUCAAAGAACUGAGUGCAGGCUUCCAGGUGGCUGACCAAUACUGACCUGACAAGUUCCCUAGAACGGAUUCCUCAUGGGGCAUCUGGUGGUUUUCACCGGCUUUCCUUCCAGCCCAGUCUGUGGGCUUGAUCUUGCUGUAGUGUGUAGGUACCAGGUAGCCAUUGACCAUCCCCCCAUCUCUCUCUCUCUCUUUGGGGGUCUUUGGGAAUGUGCCACCUUGGCAAAGCUGUGAUGUCCUUCAUCCACCUCUACCCCAAAUGGAGAGAGCUAGGGUGCUGCGGUAGUUGAGGUGGGCGUUGUGGGAAGUUUAUGCAGUGCACCUAGGAGCUCACUGUAGAUGGAGCGGAGGCUGGCGUCAGGUCCUGGGAAGAUCCCCAGAGGGGUUCCCUGUGGGGUUUCCUUUCCAAAGAAAAGGCUUGUUUUUCCCUGGAGACUAAGGUGCUAGAGUAACAGCCUGCUUUCUGCAGGUGCCAUGUGAAGCCUUGUGCCAAAGAUCUGUGGCCCUUGCCCAGGGGAGGUAGCCGGUGCUAGCCAGGGUCACGGAACCAAGGCCUCCUGCGGAGGCGCACAUGCCAGCGGGGUCCCAAGCUGGUGCUAAUCCCUCCCCAUAGGACCCAGUAAGCCUGGGGGCCUGUAGUAGGCUGUUUUUCUGCUGUUGAAGACCCGAUUUGAAAGCAAAAGUCCCCUAAAGAGCCUCCUGGACCUCUUCACUUGGGCAGCAGGGCUGUGUGUGGCGGCAGGUAGAGAGACUGCAGGUAAAGAUUGCUGUAGCUUUUGGCAAAUGACGAGUGUGGAUUUGGGAGCAACCGGUAGCAAGGCAGGCCAACAUUGAAAGGGCCUACCAGCCCGGCCGCGUCUCUGUUAUGGAGAUGCUCUGGUCAUCCCUCACGUGCUGCGUCCAGGGUAAAGCAUCUGGUUUAGGAGUUGGGGAGAGUUAAGCUGAGCCACUUUGAAAGAAUAUGCUUACAGGAAAACUAUAGAUUGUUGGUUUCUAUAUCUUUUUUACUACGCAGUGUGUCCGGAGAGGAAAAGUGAGUUCCCAGCCCUGUGGAGAUGGGCACUGAGCUUUUAUGGCACUACACGGCCUUCAGGAACUGUCACUGUAGGGGCCUGGGCCCUGUGGCCAGCCGAGCCGAGUUUCCAAGCAGGCCCAUGUUCAGAUCUGAGUUUGGCCCUUGACUACUCGCAAUGCUCGUGAUGAGGUGGGGGCACUGAGGUGCCCCGCGUGGCAAGGAACAGCUGGCAGCCUCUCCCCCGCUAUAACGGCAAAGGUGGUGUUGCUGAGUGAUGAGGUGGAGUUAGAAUGGCCCUGUUGACCCUUUCCCAGCCAGUCAGUGUCAACACAAAAGAGCAGCAGUGCUGGGUCAGGGGACCCCUAAGGAAAGGGUUGUGGGGGGCGGGUCAUUGUGAGCUCAUGCAUAUGUCUGGUAAGAAAGCUGAGAUCUUUGGGGAGUGAGGAUCUUGUUCGUAGGCUUCCAAGACCCAGCUAAGGUGGGAGGCUUUGCUUGGAGGCAAGUCUCUAGCUCCAGGCACUGGAGUUUUGGCAUUGAGACCAAGAAGCAGGCCCAAAGGGAGAGAUAUGGAAGGCCCUUAGCUGGUGGGGACGUGGCAGCUUCUCUAGGGGACCCCAGAAACUCCAGUAACUGGCUCCCCUAUUGGGGUGCGCUCUAUCUGUGGGCUCAUAGAGCGGUCCCCCUAAACCCUGCCCAGCACCUGAACCUGAGGACAUGAGCAGUGGUCUAAAGUCUCGCCUAGUCCCAUUUUACAGACUAAUUUGAUUGCCCAGCCCUAGAAUUCUCUAGAAACAACAACAACAAAAAAAAAAGCUGAAAUUCUUCAGAAUAUGCAGAGGGGAGGGAGAGGUGACUCCACAAGGUGCUAAACACAUUUUAUUAAAAAUAUAUAUUGUUAAAUUAAGUCUGCUGUCUGGACAAUGAUGUUUUGUUUUGUUUUCUUGUAGUGGAGUUUAAAAAGAGACUAUUAUUUUACUCUGAUAUAUUAUUAUUAAAAAAAAAAGGCAUUUUAACUUUGUACUUGAAAACUUAAGUGAGCGAUUUCACGUGUUUUAGCUGAGGCAUCGAAGUAGCAGGGUGCUUACUUGUGGGAAAUCAUGUAUUCAUACUGCAAAAUAAACUCCGUAGCUGAUUUGGUAAUAACGUUUACUGUUACAGGCGACUUCGCUUUGACCCCCCGUGGCAGAGCCCUUGUACUCCACAUUCCACGCAGCUAAAUGCGGGACCUUCCAGAAUCUUUCCCCCCUCGGCCCACUUUUCGGUUCCUCUUCCUCUCUCUCUCUUUUCCUAUUUUUUUUUUCAUUGUUGUUUGUUUGUUUUUUUUUUUUUUCCUGGUCCCAGCAUCCUCCUUUCUACCACUGUAUUUUUUUUUUUUUUUUGGUUAGGGUUGCUUCUCUAUUUAUUGACAAUAAUAAUGUACAUUUCACAGUCUGGUUCUGGGACAGCCAGGAGGGGCGCGGGGGGCCGCACACAGCCUGCUGCACCGCCCGGCGUCCCCUUGUAUCUCUGUGUACGUGAUGCUUGUGACAUAUAGCUGUUGAUGAAAUAAUUAAAAAAAAGGUCAAUGCGUACAGCAGAUGUAGAAAGUCUGUCAGGUCCGCUUUCAUCACAUUUUUUUUUCUUUUCUUUCUUUUUUUUUUUGUGCCCAGAAGAAUAUAAUAAAGCUCCUUUCUAAUGUACUUGUGCUGGAGAACACUUGAAUAAAUGGACUGUUUUUGUGCAAAAAGAAAAACGGAAAAAAAAAA